AUGGACGACGUUCAACUCCGCACCGGGGAGGAGAUCGGCCCAGACCUACUCUCUGCGAUCCAGCAGUCCAGCAUCUCUAUUCCCAUCUUUUCGAAGAAUUACACUUCUAGCAAAUGGUGCCUUAAGGAGCUCGUCAAGAUCGUUGAAUGCAGGAAAACCAUGAAUCAACAUGUCCUGCCCGUCUUCUACCAUGUUGAUCCCGCCGACGUCCGUCACCACACUGGGACCUAUGCGGAGGCUCUUCAGGAACACAACAAGCGUGUCGAUCAGGGGAUCAUUGACGAGUGGAAAAAGGCUCUGACAGAGGUUGGGAAAUUGAAGGGACGGAUUGUGGGAGUAUGGGGACUAGGUGGGAUUGGCAUGACAACUAUCGCUAAGGUUGUCUAUAAUGAAAUCUUGCAUCACUUUGAAGGAUUGGUUGAGAGAUAUGAACCCCCUGAAAUGGAUGCAAAUCAAUCUCUUCAACUAUUUUCCAGGCGUGCUUUCAAAAGGGACCAAAUACCAGAGGAAUAUCUAGAUCUCUCAAAAGACAUCGUUAAGGAAACUAGAGGGCUUCCCCUGGCUCUUGAGGUUAUAGGUUCAAGUUUAUUUGGCAUGGAAAAAUUAUUUUGGCAAGAUAUACUGGAAAUGCUGCAAAAUCAUUUUCUUGAUGCUGAAGUAUUGGAAAAGUUGAAAAUAGGUUUUGAUGGAUUAAUGUAUUGUGAGCAACAGAUUUUUCUUGAUAUUGCAUGCUUUUUCAAUGGAAUGGAUAAAAAUAUUGCCUGUUGGAUAUGGAAACAACAUAAGUAUUACCCCGACAAAGGAAUUAAGGUUCUCUGUCAAACGUCUUUGGUGAAGAUUGGUGAAAAUGAUGAACUAAAGAUGCAUGAUCUACUUAGAGAUCUUGAAAAGGAAAUCAUUCGUCAAGAAAACCCUAAGGUCCCCGGAAGGCAUAGUAGGUUGUGGUCUCAAGAGGAAGCCUUGUAUGUGCUGGAGAAACAUACG